GGUUGACUUAUCAGAAACCAACUAGUAGGUCAGAGCUCCUGUCACCGACCGUCAAGUGUUAAUCGUGCGUGUCUUCAAAGAAUUAGACGCCACUUGUCCUGUGCGCCGGUGCGUCAGGGGAUUAAGUUUAAUUGGCUUCUCUCGUCUGCCCCACUCGGCGUGUCCUGCGCUCGAAUGUAGUCCUCAACUCUAGGUAUUUUUUCGCGGACUAUGGACAUAAUUUGUUCCCUGCUAGUCAUAGCUGUGUUCAUCAUCCAGGCGCAUGAAACUUCCUCUCAAUGUUUACGCGGGUGCAGCUGUGUGGAGGACCGUCACGGCAGGUCGCUCGUGUGUAUGGAGGAGAGCGCGUUUGGGGCCAUACCAGAGAACCUUCCAGAUGAUAUGACCAAAAUACGCAUAGAGAAGUCUCACUUCACCGAGAUCCCCAGAGGGGCGUUCACUCAGACACCCGCCUUGGAGAACUUGUGGCUCAACUUCAAUGAUAUCACAGUGAUAAACUCGAAGGGUCUGGAGGGUUUGUGGAACUUGACCGAGCUCCGCCUGCAGGGCAACAAGCUGCGCUCAGUGCCAUGGACAGCGUUCGAGGACACGCCGGCCCUCAAGAUCCUGGACCUGAAGCACAACCAGCUGGACGUCCUGCCGGAGCAUGCGUUAAAAUAUUUGCCAGGUCUGACCUACUUAGACUUAUCCUUCAAUCGGCUUACGGUAAUAUCGAAGGAGGUCUUCCAAAACUGGCCCCUCUACCAAAAACUGCAGACCCUGGAGGCGGGGCGGGAGCCGAGCGCGUUCGGGCCGAACGUCGUCCUGGCGCUCCACGACAACGCGUGGCUCUGCGACUGCCGCCUGAAGGGCUUCGUGGAGUUCAUCCGUUCCCUGAGCCCCCCGAUUAUUCUGAUGAACUCCUACUUGACCUGCUCAGGGCCGGACUUUAGGGCGGGGAAGUUCUUCCACGAGGUAGAGCUGAAGGCGUGCAUGAAGCCGGCGGUCACCACCCCGGCCCCCAACAUCAGCCUGCCGCUGGGCGCCAACCUCACCCUGCGCUGCCUCGCCAAGGCCAGGCCCGACCCGGCGGUGUGGUGGACAUAUGGCCUGAAGAUAAUCAGAGGAUUUCAUGAGUCUCAGGAGAGAGUGGAUGAAGACACCAUCAGAUCCCUCCUGGUGAUCCCCUCCCUCCACGCAGCUGACCGCGGCGUCUACACCUGCACUGCCAUCAACUUCAUCGGUAACUCCUCUGUCAACAUCCUCCUGGACGUCCUCUCUCCCGGAGGCUCCCAGUCAUCGCUCCCUCCCGGAGCCCUGGCUCCGCCUGCUGCUGGCGAUGAAAACGUCUACAUUGACAUCCGCAUCGCCAAACAGACAGUACGCGGCAUCUCCAUCGAGUGGUACGCGGCCUUGGAGCGCCCGACGGAGACGUGGUUCACCGUCCAUUUUGGCCAGGCUGACAACAGUAAGAAGGAAAUGAUCUACAUCGGCCCCGGGAUUCACACGUACUCCGUCUCUGACCUGAUGCCCGCGACCAAAUACGAAAUCUGCGUGACCCUAAAGAGCCAGGCGCCACGUCCCGGCCAGUGCAUUGUGUUCGUAACAGGAAGUGACGUCACUGAGAUGGAACAGAGGGAGAAGCUGAUUCACAUAGUGGUUAUAGUUUUAGCCAUGGUGCUGGCGGUGCCUAUAGGCAUGUAUGCCUGCACCACCGACACUAAGUUUGCCUGCGUGGAGGGCAUCAUGGAGUCCUGGAAGAACCGGCGGAGAGAAAACAACCCAAUGGAGCGGGAGAGGCAGGGCACCUUCGACAGCCUGCAGGCCGCCAGCGACGAGGGCCUGGUCAAUAAAGAUUCAAGCGAAGACAGGAAGGUGAGGAGGAGGUCAGACGACAGACUGUCUAAGGGGAAGGCUGAGCACAGCAGGCUCACAGCUGAGCUAUACUGAAUUUGCUAAAAUGAGGGAAACAUGAAACUGACAUGAAGUCUCCUACCCUUGACAUAACAAAAUAAGAAUAGACCUGCUUUAUGAUGCUCUAUGAAUAUAAUAUUCAGAAGAAUGACAAUAUUGUCUGCCUUGGUUUUAAUCUCAUCUCUUCCUCUGUUCUAGGCCGGGGAGUUUGUUGCAAAGAUGUGAAAGGUGACCGUUAUGUCGAGAGUGUAAUUGGAGGACUGUAGAGAGGUGCUGCACGAUGUGUCUGUCUGAAAUAUGACGUGUUUGUCUUGCUGUCAUGAAACGUUUAAAAUGUAAAAUGCUGCUUCAUGAAGCCUUGAAUGGAGGACUUCUUAAAAAUUCAUUGUGAGUGCAUUUAAAAAACGGAAUAUUUCUGCAGUAUGUGGUUUCCUCAUCUUUAUGUAGCUCUCUGAUAUUGCUUUCUGUAUUACUAUCCAUAUUUAUAUACUUAUAUAUAUCAGCUAAUGUCAUGUUCGCUUACUGCUGUGUAACAAGAACAUCUCUUAAACUAAAUGGCGAACAUUUUGAAAUGAAAAGCGAUUGUGCACUGUGUCAGUAGACAAUGUCUCUGUUAGAUUAAGUUAAAGUAGAACACAGCAUGAGACUGUCAUUUGAUGAGUUAUUUUAUUAUUUUGCUCUUUAAAAGCGCAAGAAGACACAAUGUGUGUCAGUAGAUUUAGCUCAAUGGACAUUUUUUUUUUCUUCCAAUUUCAGCUUUUCAUUUGAAAUGAGAUUGUGCACUCAUGUCUUCGUGUGUGUGUGUGUGUGUGUGUGUGUGUGUGUGUGUGUGUGUGUGGUCAUACGUGUGUUCUGUGAUGUUUGCAUUUGGAAUAAAUAUUUUAAAGCAACAUUUUUUAAGUGGCUAAAUAUCAAAAGUGACAAAACCUUAAUCAAGUGUCUCUUUUAUGUACUCCAUGGUCCCCGUACAUACUAAAAUUG